CAGAGAGACUCAAAAACAAACUGCUACUAGACGAUCUGCAGAUACCUUGCGACACUGACGAUCAAGACAAGAAGCAAGAGCUGAUAAUCAAGAAAUUAGAAGCUGAGCGACAAUGUGCAAGACGUCAAACACAAACUCCUGAGGAAGCAAUAUUAGAAAGAGCAUUAUCAUUUACUAACUCAUUUCCGGAUGAAAUUAAUGUUGGAAAAAUGGAUGUCAUUUGUGAUGCAUGUGGCGCUCUCCAUUUCGCAGGUGAACGUACAGACGAAUUAAAAGCAUUAUUUGAGAAAAGUCAUCCACUAUCAUCAAAGUUUUUCAAACUCAUUCGAAAUUACAAUGCGGCUAUGGCAUUUGCUUCGAUUCUUUCUAAUAUUGAUAAUCAAACUGAUCAAGGACCUUAUAUUUAUCGCAUCUCCAGUCAGAUAUAUCAUUUUGUUGGUCCUGUAAAGCCCGCUUCUAAUGAGAAGCCUAGCUUUGGUCAGCUUUACUUUCUUGAUACAGCUGAGGCAAGGGAACAAAGGGCGCAUCAUCCUACAAACAUUUGUCUCAACCAUCAACGACGAUAUAAUACACCUCAAGCUAAUGAAGUUGCUGCCGUUGUUGUUGGAUUUAAUGAUGAACAAUUUCUUCCACAUCAACUGGUUAUUCGUCCCCAUGCAUCAAGCUUACAGAUUAUUCCAGUUAUUAAUGCUAAUUGUGAUCCUAUGUCUUAUCCGCUUCUAUUUCCAGCUG